UUUUGUUUGUGUUACACCUGGUUGUCAGUUGAUACUCACCACCUGCCGAGGCUCUAUCUCAGCCUUGUCGAGUGGCCGCGGGGUCGCGCCUGCCAUUUCAAUCUGGACUCACGCGUACUUGCCCCCAAAACAUCUCGAGGACCAUGUCGACGCCUCUGUUGCCUUCAUUUCGACGACAACAACUGGUGCUUGAUUUUUCGACUCUGCGCGGCCACUGCCCAGAAGGCAUCUAUCUUUCGCUAACACCGGGGCACCCAUCGACCUGGGGAGGCAUCUUCUUCGUUCGCAAAGGACCUUACGCUGAAGCAAUCCUCCGCUUUCAAAUCUCGUUCCCAGACUCGUACCCAACAAACCCUCCCCUAGUCACCUUUUCUACCGACGUCUUCCACCCCCUCGUCGUCCCAUUGACGACUUAUACCUUCAGCGCUAAUGCUGUUGCUUCUACUGGCGUGAGUGCCUCUGACGACGACCGACUACCGCCUGGUACUUUCAGUCUACAAUAUGGGUUUCCCCAGUGGUUCCGCCAAACUGGGCAGGUAGCAGGAGAAGAUAGCCAGAAGAAAGAUGCGACAAGAGUUGCGGAUCAGACCAAGGGCCAGGUAGAAGAUACAGAAACCGCGAAUUCAGAAGCCGAGAAUUUGGAUGACAAUAAAGAUGUUAGAACGACCAAGCAGCCCGUGUUUGACAUCAGAGACAGGAAAGCCACUCUCUUAAAUGUCCUAAGGCAUGUCCAUACCGCAUUUUCAGAUGAGACCAUGCUCGACGCGAUCCCGCUAUCAGCAGCUGGUAACCCCAGUGCCUGGCACGCGUGGCGCGCUCAUCGGGGUCUCAACCCUCCAAAGUCACCUUCUACCCCCGAUCUGGAUGAUUUACCAAUUACUGUCGCAUCGUCACCCAAGCAUCCUGGAGAGUGGAAGUGGGAUGGGGUGUGGGAGUCUCGAGUAGACAACGCUAUCCGAGAGAGUAUAUCUGAGGGGGCUCUCUUUGGGAGCUCAGCUUCUGCAAGGACACCAGCUGGCCUACCAUAUGGGAGAAAUGUGGCGGAUUCACCUGCGCGAGGGUCGAAGUUGGAUCACCGACAGAUGCUGCAGGCUAUGGCAGAUCGACAAAUCAAGUUCUCGAAAUUGAGCGACGAGAAUAUGGCCGAAGUUAAGAGCAAAAUCCAAGUCUCCGCUGGGCCGGGCCAGGCGUGACAGGAGGGUUUAUAACAUAUUCAAAAGGUGGAUGUUAUUGCAAUUUGCGGUCAUGAAACUGGACAUGCUGGAGGUGGAAACAUGGAGAUUGUGAACAAUCAUCAAUCAUCGUGAUAUUCUACAUAAUUGACCAUCAUAUGGUGAAGCCACCAUGUUUCCUAUCGCCUAAGCGAUUGAGAUGGGUGGCAGAGAGGCGUG